UCGACAGAUUGCCUAGCAGUCUAUAUACCACCAUUGAUAAGCUAAACAAAUUCGUUGACUUGCCAUCAGUUUUGUGAAUGCACGCCAAUACUUGGCAUUUUGCAAGUGAGAAACGGUCGAAUAAGUUUGUUUUAACGCUCGUUUUUCUAUGUCGUUAGUGUGCAAAGUGCCGAUAGUUGACAUUGGGAUCGUAUAUUCAGUAGUAGUACAGGGUCGUUUGUUUUUUGUGGUCAUUUGAAAAACAUUAGGCGUUCAUCGUGCUUGACUAUUAUAGCUCUGUGCAAGAGUGCAUGCAUGAUAGGGUUUGAUACCUUGAACAACAUUCUUGUUUGAUCUAGUUGCCUUGCUAGCCUUUCGAUAUAUAGUUUUCCAGUCUUCGAGAUCUGUUCGACUGAAAUGGCAGAGUCAGAACUUUCCUCCUUCAACUGAGUGUGCCAUCCUGCAAACAGACACCUUUGUCCAUGGAUUAUUGACCCUUUCUCUUUCUCAAACACGGAGCUAUUUGAUUCCAUCGAUUCAAUGCGCUAAAACUAUGUGAUUCACGUUCAACAUGUUCCAACGUCAACAUUAAGGGUUUCAACCCUGCCGUUGUGAGUCGACAGUCAUCAAAGGACGGACGCCAUGCUCAAGUGGAUUGCAGCACCAAAGGGGAACAAUCCCCCGACUGUGUCUCCGUCUAGGUCUAAUAAGACAUCGAAUACCAUUGACAAUAGCCCACUUCCUUGGCUUACAGACGAUCCCCUGGCGACCCUUAACGUCAACACCAUCCUCUUGGAUACGAAAAGGACUUGGAAAUCGGCAGCGCUGAGACGACAAUCUGAACCGGAGCAAAUCUACUCGGUUACCAGGAUGAACCCGUUAUUUGUCGACUCACCAAAAGACGUGAUGAUGAUUAAGUUAACCGAAGGUGAGAAGCGGCUGAUGGAUGACAGUCGUUCGUCAAACCGGAGCGAACAAUGCCAAACGCCCAGCUCGUCGGGUUACGAAAGCGCUGUCGAUGCGGACAAACGUCGGCCAAACGGCACCAACGCGCCCAAUCACAAACAUCAAGUCAACCCGAGUAGCCAACAAGGACAGCAUUAUCAGGUCGACAAUCAACGUCGUCACUACCAGCAACACUUAGUCGAGUCGAGUCCCGCCAGUGAUUACCGACGUCAGUUCGUGUUAGGGCCGCGACUGGAUCGAUCGCCGCCGUCCAAGAAAGCGACAACGGCCGAUGGCGUCGCAGCUGCCGGAUUGAUACCGCGACGGAUCGGAAAAGCUAAUCUGGUGCAUCAAGACUCGCUCUAUGUAACCAGAAUUCACAUGCCAUCGGUGGCGGGUGCCAACAAGCCGAACAGCACCGGAACUGAUGAAGCGUCCAAGCAGAGACCGAUCGCCGUUGUCGACGAGUGGGACGAGGAUGAUGAACACGCGCACAUCAGCAACGAUCAUCCGUCCACUUCUCACAGGACUAUACCACAUCCUGUGUGGCCGUCCAAGAGUGCGGCCAUUGCUGGACGUCGUGGCUGCAAAGCUGCCACCUCUGCAAUCGUGCAACAAAACGAGAACUACGUGACGAAAAUUUUGAUCGCUCCGCAAACUGACGAUCACGCCGAUGGCCGAGUGGCCUUUGCUGACGACGAAGAUCGCGGCGGCCUUGAUUCGAUCGUCACUCACUCGCUUCUCGUCAUGACAAGCUAUGACGGCCAAUCGACAGACGAUUCGGCUUCAGAUUCAGCCCAUGCAAACAGACAGCAAUACAAUAAAGAAGACCUUUGCCGCAAUCAAAAGAUGACGCCAGCCGAGUUAUCUGAAAUUCGCCAACUUAGUCAGACAAUCAGCCAAAGUCGGGUGGUGGCCACCGUGUCACGCGCCCUCAGUAAAAAUAGCGACGCAUCCACAUCGUGCAGCGGAUCAACGCCCGAAGUCUACGUUUCCUAUCCGGCUAGCCCGGCCAGCAAAAAUGAGGACGAGUCGGCCACGAUCGGCAGUUCGAUCGCGCGGCGCAUUUCGAUGAUGAAGGAACGCUGGGACAAGAGUUCGCGUUCGCAAUUGUUAACCGAAAGCGAUGACGACGAUCCAUUUUUUAACCGCAGACUGGAUCAGGUUUACGUGCCCGAGAAUGGCGACGUCAAUUUUUCAGUUGGCAAUAAGCAGCCGCAGAUGACGAUCAACGACAGACGAAUCAAUGGCGGCGAGCUUUAUUGCCCUGGUGCAUCGCCUUUCUCCUACUUGGCUGGCAUGUAUCACCCAACGACAAUCACUGAAGAGGCGACUACCAACGAUAAUGAAGUCCUUGUUGCAGUGACACCCAACCGGAUGUGUAUGCCGUCUCAUCAGACGAGCUACGGCGAUCCAUUUGAACACGACCGACUUUCUAAUUCGUCGUCUCGUUCGUCCGGAUCGAGGCGGGUCACGUUCUCGGCCGACACGGUGGACAAUGAGCAGUCCACCAAAUCGAGCAUCUCCACUGCAAGUGCGAAUAGCAGCGUCGGAAGCAUAUCUGGGAGCACCACCAGCGAUAAUCACAAGACGUCCAAUCAUUGUCCGGACAUUAUCGAAGAGUUAAAGCUCAAUCCGCAUUACUUACCGCACCGCUACCAGCAGCAGCAGUCGGCCUCGUCGGUCAACGCGGGCGUAGAUGCACGUUCAGGUCGCCUGGUCGGCUAUUACUCGUACAAUCUGCAAGCGCAAUUAGACAACUACAAUCGCAAUGCCAAGGACGGAGCGGAGAAAGUGUCCACAUGGGAGCAUUAUCAUCAGCAAGAGGCCACGAAAGCGAGCUCUUCUGCGACGGGUCGACCGUCGGCCGCGAUCCGAUUGGAUCCUUACAACAAUUUACAAUUGCAUCCGAAUUACGGCGCAGCCUGCCAAGAAAGGUCCAUGUGCGUGGAUUUCACUCUGGAUGGCGUCGAAGAGGCUCUGCUUCAACGUCGCUCUGAUAGCCAUAAACUACGUCGUCGAGUCUGCUGUUGCCUUCUCCUUCUGCUUUGCCUCGUCGUUCUUGUCAUUGUCGUCAUCGUCAUUUCUCUCUACCUGUCACAAGGACAAAUGAUUUUCGGAUCCCUCGGACCUGUUUGAAACUGCUGCCGUACACAUCCUUGCCAAGUAGCUUUAAAAUCCUGUUGCUCUCUUUUUCAUCUGGUGAUGGACCACCUUGCGCAUCUUCAAAAGAUAACAAUCCCCUCCCUCCCAUUUCAUUAACCAACGUUCCGAUUUGCUCCUGCCUAAUUGCGGAUGCAAAUACCACGGCUAGCGAGACACGGAGGAAACCCCCCUACCUAUUUUGACAGUCAAUAGUUUAUCUGUGCGUGAACUGCAUUCAUCCGUUCCCUCCAUUUUACAUACAUAUGGUAGGUACAAAAAAAAAGUUGACUUAUUGUGCAGAUUGGGUCGUAUCCGUUUCAUCCGGCACAUCAUAGCAUGGCGUUUAACAGGCUUACGGUUUCCGAAAGAAGGCUACUUAACUAGCAUACGCAAUUGAGGCUUAGAUGGGCCAAUAGAAUCAAAUGGAUAAUGAUGAGCAGCCGUUUCUUUUUUGUUGAAAGAAAAGAGGGUGGAAUAAUAUUUAAAAAAAAAAAGAGGAGCCAAUAAAGUCAAGGUCUAUUAUGCUGUCCCCUAAGAGUAGAAAACGAAAUGGAUUUUCCCAAUAAAACACGAAAAAAAAAGGUCGACAACUUUUGUAGUCUUUAAAUGUUUUCUUUUUGUUGCAUCGGGAAUAAGGGACCGCUUGAAGAGAACCGUUCAUGCAUAUUGUACGAGCAUUUCUUUCUUUACAUAUAGGAUACCCCCCGCUCCAACUCGUUUCCCAUUGGCUGUUUAAUGCCGCGUAUGCAGGGAGAAGCAAAAUAUAAAAAGAAAGAAAAUCUUUUUGAAAAAAAAAAAAAGGAUAGAUAUGUAUAGAGAAGGCAAGUUCGUUGGCGUGUGUCUUGCCGCAGCCCUGACCAUUUUGUACAAGUUGUUAACAAUGUGUGCCCUCCUUUUUUCGUAUUCGCAUCGCCUUUGACUGAUUCCAUUUCACUCGAGUGACGCAUGCUUUCCCGGAAGAAGCGUCAAGGAACCGGGUUGUCAAGACGACGCCAAGAAGUUGGAAAUGGAAUAGUAAUAUAAAAAAAAGGCCACCAAUUUUUAAAGAAAGCGAAUUUUAGGAUGAUGGCCUGCUGCGUCAAAUCUGCAUCCUCGCAAAUUGUUAAACGCGCAACGAACGACAGCGAUCAAAACGAAACUUGUCGAGUUACGAGCGUCUGUGAAUAGUUGACACCAUAUCUUUAUUUAUUUUGAACUUUCUUAUUGUUUGGCAAAGAGCAACAAAUGACGGUGAAUAGCCGCUAAGGGUUUGUAUGGACGCAAGUAAAAAAAAAGCUAUGUUUUUCUAUACAGUUCCUCUCGGCACUUGAUUAUUCUCUAUGAAUUUUUGAUUGUAACACGCCCUCCACAUUGAAGUGUAUUCUCCAUUUCUUUUGCUUGUUUCCUGGGCUCACACAAACGUGUGAGAGACAAGACAAUGGCUGCAUAGAGAGCAUCAUCAGAAGACUGAUGAGUUGAGCAGCUAUGACGAUGAGAGACAACAAAAAAAGGAUACGGAUAGUUAAAGCCAGCAUCUUAUGCGAGGGAAUAGCUGGAGCUCGUAUCGAGCCAACGAUUCCCUCUCUUCCUAUUUAUAUCUUAAAAUGAAGAGACACGAUGAUAAAAGAAAAAAAAGGGAAGAAGAAAAUAGAGAAAAAGAAGAUUGUGCAUCAGCAACAUCAUUUGCCGUGCAGCAGCUUUCGAUUUGUGAUUAAAGUUGCCGAAAGCUCGUCUUCAUCCAUCAGCAUAUUAGAUGGCGUAACUUGAUUGAACUCGACGAGUUCGCUUCCGCUGCCGCCAAGAUGGCACGAUAUUGUCCUUAUUCUUUCCCUCUCUUUUUCUUUUUCCUUUUUUAAAGUAUUUUUAUUAGUUCCUUUAUAUAUUAUUCUUUGUUGUCGUCACAAAGAAAUUUGGAAAUUGAUUUGCCAAUAACCGAUGUGCGCGAAAUUCAAAAGCUUCGUUUCACGAUGGAAAUAACGAAUUGCGUUAAACCGUUGAUGCUAUUCCACUGCGCUUCUCCCAUAAUGUUAUGAUUAUUAUUUGGACCUACAUCGCUUUAUGUUUGAAAUAUUCGGGCGUUUUUUUGUUAUCAUCAGUAUUGUUCCUUCUCUGGUACCACCGGGAAAACUGGUUGACGGUUUCAAUUGGCAGUCGCAUGGUCAGCAAUUGCCUUGUUUUUUUGUUUUUUUUUUGGUUUCUUCAUUUCUAAAUGUGACCCACAUUUUGGCUUAUGUGCGUAUCUGUUAUUCAAUACAUGGUCUUUUUCGUUUGUC